GUUUUCGCUACUUGUUCACGGCAUCCACAUUACACAUUCAUUCACCAUUCUUGUCCGUGUAAUCACGAAAAUCAAGCACCGAGAAGAUGGUUCAGAGGCUCACCUACCGCCGGCGCCAUAGCUACGCCACCAAGUCCAACCAACAUAGGGUUGUCAAAACCCCUGGAGGAAAACUUGUUUAUCAGACUACCAAGAAGAGGGCUAGUGGACCAAAAUGUCCUGUUACUGGAAAGAGGAUUCAAGGGAUUCCACAUUUAAGGCCCACGGAGUACAAGAGAUCAAGGUUAUCUAGAAACAGGAGGACUGUGAACCGUGCUUAUGGUGGAGUUUUAUCUGGAGGUGCUGUUAGAGAAAGAAUUAUCCGAGCUUUCUUGGUUGAGGAGCAAAAGAUUGUCAAAAAGGUCUUGAAGAUCCAAAAGACAAAGGAGAAACAAGCUUCAAAGGCUUGAGUUUCAUGAAAUUGAGAUAAAGAUCUUUUUGGAGGAAUUUUAGGUUUGAGAGAUUAUAGUACAAGCACAAAAUUUAUUAGAGCUGCUACGUUUGUUAAUUUUGUGCUCAUUUGUCUUGGUUGAACUCAUUCUAGUGGGACUGUUAGCUUUGUCAACUAAUCCGCUAUGAUACAGUUUUGUUUGUCUCAAUUUUCUUUUGAUGGUUUAUUCAUGUUUUACUCAGAA